AUGGGAAACAAAAAGAAGAGCAAAACACUGAAAAAUGGUGCUGGUAAGAAACUGGAAACAAAAGAGCACCAUAAUAUUCACCAAAAUGAUAGUACCGUGAGUGCCAAUCAGGAAGAGAUAGUAGAGACAAACACCAACGAGGUUGUUGAGAAUUACGAGAGUAAGAAUCCGCAAGCUAUGGAAGAACAAAGUGAGAGUAAAGCAAGGAGUAUUGAAAUAAGUGAAGGUGAAUUGGACAAGGAUAAAGACAUAUCCGAGAUAGAAGAGCCAAUUCACAAUGGUGAUGGAGGAAAAUCUGAUGCUUCGCUCGACGGGGAAGAGCAAGGGGAUGAUGAAGGCGAAGACGGCGACAAGGAAGAGGACGAAGAUGAAGAAGAUGGCGACGAGGAAGUUGAAGACGAAGAUGAGCCACCAAAACUCAAGUACUCACGGAUUAGCCAACUCCCGAGCAACUUCUUCAUUAAGGAUCCAGUUUCGUCUUGCUUUUUCCAUGAUUUAUACUUUAUAUUUGCAACUCAUUCUGGCUUUAUUCACAUAUGUCAAAGUAAUUUCGCCGCCGUCCGUACGUUCAAAGCUCACCGAGCGUCUGUGUUGAGUACGUAUACAGACGGAGAGUUUUUUGCCUCGGCUUCUAUGGAUGGGACCGUAGUCAUUGGGUCUAUACAGGAUGAAAAAGACAUUAUUGCGUAUGAUUUCCAAAGACCGGUGCACGCAGUUGUACUCGAUAGUAACUAUGCAUCCAAGAGGAGUUUUAUCAGUGGCGGAAUGAGUGGCAAGGUGAUUUAUUCCAAAAAGAAUUGGCUAGGUAAGAAGGCAGAUUAUGUUAUUGAUCAAAAUAAUGGGUCGAUUGUUGGGUUGACUAUUGUUGGGGAUUUAGUUAUCUGGAUGAACGAUAAGGGGAUCAAUGUAUUUCACUUGAGUAAUAGAGUAAUGAUCAAAGUAUUGGAGAAGCCGAGUGAUAGCCCGAGGAAUGAUUUGUAUUGGCCAAGAGUAGCACAGCCUGAUUCUGAUAGACUUAUCAUUGCAUGGAGUAAUUACAUAUGGUCCUUGCGAAUAUCGUUGAAGGAUGGGUCAACACUGAACUCCAAAGACCAGAAUUCGGCACCGGUACUUUCUUCAGGUAUGAGUAGGAUUUUGCCAUCAACUGCUUCAAUGUCCUUCCGAGCCACCCAAGAGAAGAAAGUAGAAGUGGAGCAUAUUUUCAAGCUAGAUGAUUUGAUAUGUGGGAUUGCAAGCUACAAAGAUGAUUUGUGGAUAGUCCUUACUUAUGAACCACCAGUACGAAAGCCUUUCGGAGAGGAAGCUGACAAAGAAGCAGUGUAUAAUAAUCCUGAUUUGAAGUUGAUUAACUCAACGACUGGAGAGGUGGAGUUUGAAGAAGAGUUGGCAUUGAAAAAUAUUCAAAAUUUAGGAUUGAAUGACUUUAUUUUGGGGUCUCACAUAGAACAGGUACCGAAGUAUUUUGUCAUCAGUGCAAAAGACGGCGUUAUUGCUCAAGAAUAUCAGUUAGAUGACAGAUUGCAAUGGUAUUUAACAAGGGACGACUACUUGCGCGCUUAUGAGGUGAGUGAGCAUUUAGUUUCGCCCAUAAAGCGGAUGAGCUUUGGAGUACAAUAUGUGGACCUGUUGGUGAAGAAUAAUGAAUGGGCAAAAGCAGGCGAUUUCUUAAAGAAAUUGUUGCCAUUAAAGGAAGUUGCAACGUUGGGUGAGCAAACAAGCAGCCCCGAUGAUGAUUCUGUUGCAAUUAAUUCUGCACCUUAUGAGGAGGAUGAAGUUUACAAGGAAAUUAUUAGUCAAUGGCAAACGUGGGCACAUAUAUUUAUCAACAGUGGGCAUAUCCAAGAAUUAAGUGAUAUAGUUCCGAGCACUACGGCUCUUCCGUCAGAAUUGUUUACCAAAAUAUUAGUAUAUUGGAUUCAAAAUGGACCAGAAAAGGCGUAUGAAUUGGUGUGCAAUUGGCCAAUCGAAUUGUAUGACAUUGAUUCGGUACAAUCUGAAUUGAUGAAGCAGGAAUUACAGGAGGAUAGCAGUGAACGUUUUAGCUUUAUUGCGAAAGCACUCGUGAAGCUAUGCGAUAAGUCACUUCAACCAAUGAAGGCAGUGCCCCAUCUUGUUAAAUUAAAGGACAAGAAUAUUGUUGAAUAUUUGUCAAGGAACCAUAUUUUAAAGAACUUUGUUUCGGAACUACCUACAUUCAUUGAGCUAGAAUUUGAUAAUCCAGAAGUCAUCUCGAAAUGGCAAAUUGAUAAACUCGGAGAGAAGUUGUCUACAACCAUUAGUAUAUUGAUCGACCACCGUCUUGAAAUAGCGUCACGUGAUAUUGUCGAAAUGUUUAAAUCUCAUACACUUUUGUCAUUCAUCAAUUACUUUUACUUGGUUCGAUUGCAAGCUAUUGAUAAACUAUUAGUGGCAGAUUACGGUGACGAGUUAAUCCAGUUGUAUUCCAACUAUUCACGUCGUGAUCUUCUUCCAUUUCUAGUGUCCAAUGAUGAAAAUGAUGCCUCGCCAAGCAAUUAUGAUGUUGAUAAGGCCAUCGAAAUUUGCCAACAAAACAACUUUUAUCAAGAAUUGAUCUACUUGUUGGGAAAGAUUGGAGAAAAUAAGCAAGCGUUGAACUUGGUGAUUAAUAAGUUACAUGAUCCGCAAAUGGCAGUAGAUUUUGCCAAAAGAUUGAAUGAUAAAGAUACUUGGAGUUCUCUAAUUGACCAGUCGUUAGAUAAACCAAAGUUUCUCAAGAUCUUGAUUGAACAAUCAGAUGAAUCGACGACUCCCUUCUACGAUCCUGUUACUAUCUUAACCAAAAUCACGUCCAAGUUUGAUACUGGUCUAGUUGGUGAAAUCAAUGAUGAAUCUGAUGAAGCUCAUGUGCAGAUAUACCAACAAUUAAACCAAAGUAUAAUUGAGUUUUCCAAAAACAACGAUUUGAAUAAGUUGAUUAAUCAGAUUGUACUCAAAAUGAUUGACCAAAGUUUGCAGGAGGUUUCGCUUUUUUUGAAACAGUCUUUGUUACAAGGACGGCAAUAUGACUUGGAAAAGAAUGAUGAAACUACACGAAGGAUUGUGGACAGUUUGCAGAAUUGGGAACCAAUCACAUUGGAAUGA